AUGCCACCGAGACGCGUCCUCCUCCUGCUGGCGUGCCUGCCGUCCCCGGCGAGCGGGGGCUGCCCGGCGCCGGGCUGCUGCCCGCCGCGUCCCGCGGCGUGGCGCUACAAUUCCACGUUGGCGUCGACCGCGGCCGCCGCGGUCGAGGCCUGGCGCGCGUCGCACCUCUGUUCGGGGCCCUUCGAAGCCGCGACGGACGCAUCGCGGACGGAACCGCCGGGCCCGAUCGUCGCCGUCGCCGUCGGGGGCGUCGCGCGCGUCGCCGCGUCGUUCCGCGCCGUCGCCGUCGGCGGCGCGAACCGGACGACCGGCGGCGACACCUACGACCUCUCCUUCGCGUCGGGCCCGGAGCGGGCGAUGCCGCGGGUCAGGGACCGCUGCGACGGGUCGUACGGCGUCGAGGUCGAGCUCGUCGCGCCGGGAUCCUACCGGUGGACGCUGACGCUGCGGUGGGUCCGCAACGCGGGCCUCGACGAGCGCCUCGACGGCCGGCCCCGCAAGUCCCUCAACGCGGCCGUCGGCGAGCUCCGCGUCGACGUCGUGGGAAGCGCGGACGGCGGCGCGAACGCGACGCCGCCGUGCGCCGACUACGACGCGCCGGGCCGCUACGUCGGCGCGCCCCCGGCGCCGGGGCCGCCGGGGUCGCUGAGCGUGAAGCUCGCCCGCGACGGGCCGUCCCGGUACUACAAGGGCCUGGACCCAAAGCGCGCGGGCAACGCCACCUGGGCGCUCAAGUGGCGGCCCGCGGGCUGCACGUACCCGCCCAGCGACGCGCGGCGGCUCCAGGACGCGCUCCGCGGGCGCACGGUCGUCGCCGCGGGCGACUCGACGAUCCGGCUCAUGUUCAUGAACUUCCUCCAGGCGGCGCGCCCGGGCGGCCCUAGUUUCCACGCGUUCGCGCGGUCGCGCGCGUCGCCCGUGGCGCUCGGCGUGCCGGUCACGCACUGCAACGUCGACCGGUGCCUCUGCCACGGCCUCUUCGAGGUCCGCCUCGACGCGCGGACGUGGCCCUACGGGGACACGGUCCUCGACUGCCACGAGACCGCGCGCGGCUUCGGGGGCGUCGCGCCGCCGUGCGACGACGACGAGAUCGUGCUCGUCUUCGUCUUCCACACGCUCCUCGACUGCCGCCUGCUCAAGUACGGCGAGUUCGGGGCCCGCUUCGACCUGGGCGCGUGCCUCAAGUCCAGCGGAGAGGUGCGCGAGGGCAACGAGUUCCUCGGCGCCGUCGUCCCCCGCGCGGACGCGGUGCUCUUCCAGAUUGGCUUCCACGUCGUCGGCCGCCUCGGCGUCAAGGGCUGCAUCGAGAGCGUCGAGUCCUGGCUCCCCCAGCUCGCCGCGCUCGCCGAGCGCGCGGCGGCCAAAUUCGUCAUGGCGGCGAACCCGGCGGAGCUCUCGACGAACAAAGAGGAGAUCGCCGGGCCGACGACGGCCCGGCCCUACCCGCACGUCCAGACGAACGCGCGCAUGGCCGCGUGCAACGCCUACAUGCGCGACUUCGCGCGCCGCGGCGGCGGCGCGUGGACCUACCUCGGCGGCCAGUACGAGAUGAGCUGGCUCGGCGAGGAGUGGGUCUACUCGCAGCCCCACUACGAGGCCACGCCCAUGCUCGACGUCUUCGCGCGCGCGCUCGUCGCGAAGCUCGCGGACGCGCCCCGCCCGUCGCGCGCGCCCGUCGCCGCGCCAACGCCGGCCCCGACGGCGGAGUGCGCCGACGACGCGGCGUGGACCUACGUCGGCAAUGACAGGAAGCGCUACACGUGCGCCUGGGUGGCGGACGAGCCGGCCCGGCGGUGCCGGAAGGAACUCAAGGGCGGUGCCGGCCGGACGCCCCUCUCACCCCUCGACGCGUGCCCGGGGUCGUGCGGGACCUGUCCCCCGGGCAACUCCUCCUAG